AUGUCGAUUAUAGUUGAAGCUAAGGUAUUGGAUUCAAGAGUGCCAGCUAUAGUAGAUACGGGCUCAACGAUCAGCAUCAUCCCAGUAGGCAUAUUGGCGAAGGCGCAAAAGGCGAGCUACGACGUGGAUAGCUUGGAGGUGCUGUCCGACGACUCAAUAAUUCCAGUGUUUGACGCUUCACGGAACCACAUAGCCUUUGUGGGUGCUAACAAAAUAGCGGUAGUGCUGGAGGAACGCAACAAGGUGGAGGUAGCCUUCCAUAUUGCAGAUGACAACGAGGCUGAUAUACUCCUUGGCACAAAUACGUUGGGAAAGCUGGGCGUUCAGGUAGUAUUGCCACCUCAAGAACAAACGCUGCAUGCAGAGGCUCAAGAAGAAGUCGUGGUUGCUAGGCGAAUGUACAUACCCCCAUAUGGUAAAGUUGGUUUCAGUAUGUCACGAGGGAAGUAG